AUGAGUAUCAACUCUUCACUUUUUGAAUCACAUCCUGGUGCAAGUAAAUUGUUGAUGACAAGAACUAUAUGUGAUGAAAAUGGUAUUCGGCGCACAUACAGUGCCAAUUCUGAACCUGGGUUUAUUUUUGGAACCGAUGCAAAUACAACGUUUUUGGUGAAAGUUUACAAUUUUUCCACUCCUGUAAAGAUACAAAUUUCAUUUUCUCAGUCACCUCCGAUAAAUUGGGUCUUAUUCUUUGUGAUUUUCGCUGCGUGCUUUAUUGUACUUCUUGUUGUUGCGGGUCUAUUAUGGAUGAUUAAAUUACGAAUAGAAGUAUUCAGAAGAAAUCAGAGACGUUACGAUGAGAUUGAACAAAUGGCUUCUCGUCCUUUUGCUUCUGUGAGGCUUGAACUUACUUCUCCUCGUGCCAAUUUGAUGGCUACUCCCAUAUCAGUGGAACCAUGUAGUAAUUAUCGUUCUGGUAUAUUUACCUUAGCAGUCCGAUUGCCAACUGGAGGUCGCCAAUUCACCCCGCAUGGAACUUCGGGUUUAGCAGUUGCAUCAGCAUUAUGUCUGCUAACGCAAGCGCAGUUGGGUGUCUUACAAGCUACAGAAACAAGUGAUGGUAAUCAUAAUCGCAAGACAACGUUAAUGCGUUACAUUCCAUUCAUUCGUUCCUAG